UCCUCUCCUCUCUUCUCUCUCUUUUUCAGUUCCUCUGCUUCUUCUCAUCGCAAUGGUUAUUACCUUUUCUUCUCUUCCUUUCUUCUUCUUCUUCUCUCUCUUCUGCUUUUCCUUACAAAGAACUUAUGGAGACUAUGGAGGUUGGGAGAGCGGCCACGCCACAUUCUACGGUGGCGGUGACGCUUCUGGUACAAUGGGUGGAGCAUGUGGGUAUGGUAACUUAUACAGUCAAGGAUAUGGCACUAAGACUGCAGCUCUAAGCACUGCUCUGUUCAACAAUGGUUUGAGUUGUGGAUCUUGUUACGAGAUGAGAUGUGAUUCUGAUCCAAAAUGGUGUCUCCCAGGAACAAUUACCGUCACUGCCACUAACUUUUGUCCUCCCAACUAUGCUUUAUCUAACGAUAACGGUGGAUGGUGCAAUCCUCCUCUCCAACACUUUGACAUGGCUGAACCGGCUUUUCUCCAGAUUGCUCAAUACCGUGCAGGAAUUGUUCCUGUCGCUUUCAGAAGGGUAUCGUGUGUGAAGAAAGGAGGAAUAAGAUUCACAAUCAACGGUCACUCUUACUUCAACUUGGUAUUGAUCACUAACGUCGCGGGUGCAGGAGAUAUCCAUGCAGUGUCAAUCAAAGGGUCGAGGACCGGGUGGCAAACCAUGUCAAGGAACUGGGGUCAAAAUUGGCAGAGCAAUUCUUACCUCAACGGGCAGAGUCUAUCUUUCCAGGUCACCACCAGCGAUGGUCGAACCGUCACUAGCUACAAUGUUGUCCCAGCCGGUUGGCAAUUUGGUCAGACCUUCGAAGGUGGCCAGUUCUAAGAGGAGGUCCGGUCCGGUCCGGUCCGAUUGGUUGAUGAGUCAGGAACUUGUACAAUAUAUUCUCUUUCCAUUUUUCAGCUCUAAAAGUAAAGGGGUUGGGUGGCCCUUGAUGCUGAGGUUGCUAUUUUAGUACCCGCUGGGCCUUCUUUUUCUAUAUAAUAAUUUAUAAAAAAUUAUAGGAAAUAUAGUUAGUUUGAAAUAUAAUUAGGUCAGUUAUUGAUCCCUCUUUCCAAGCUUUGUUAAAAUCAAGGCAAAGGGUAUCAAAG